AUGGCGUUUCUCGAAGGUCCUUCUCCGAAGCAGGAGGAAUUUAUCAAACAGGAACUCGGUGAAGGUCCCGGGGAUUUAGAAAGAGGUUUGAGGGACUUACACAGCAUGUGCGCAGCCAACCCCUAUCUGCCACAACCUGAAGCCUUAGACACGAAUCUAUUGAAGACAUUCCUACGUGGCUGUCGCAUGGACUUUGAAAGAGCGCGAAAGAAGUUAGAAACUUUUUGCUACUCGCGCUCAAGAUACAGAGACCUUUACGAGCAUCGUUCACUGAAUGAACCACCAUUGAACGACGUUUGCAAAUUCUUAGAUAUAGUGCCUCUUCCAAAACUUACGGACGAGGGUCUAAGAGUGACAAUCUUCAGGGUUCGUCCAAACUACCCUGAAAGUUCUUCUGAUAUACUGGCUGCUGUUAGAGCCGUGUUGCUCAUAUGUGAUGUGAGAUUAAGAGACGAGACGCUCAUAGCGGGAGACGUCUUCAUUUGGGAGGCUACCCACGUGCGCGCGUCUAUUGCCGCCCGCGUCGCCGCCGCGGCAGGAGCGGUCCGUCGCAGUAUACAGCUAGCGCAGGCCGCGUACCCGCAGAGAAUGCGCCGCAUUCACGUCGUCGGCGCGCCCGCUCUAGUAGCCUCCUCACUCAACCUCAUGAGAGCAUGUGUCAACGAGAAAGUUAGGAAAAGGUAUUAUCUACACGACAAGACAGAGGAGCUUCUGGAGCACAUACCAGCGAGAGUAUUGCCGGUUGAAUGGGGUGGCGAAGAGGAAUCUAUUGAGGUGUUAACGAAGAAAUGGCGGCGUCGCGUCGAUGAAAUGCGCGACUAUCUUAGAGACCUGAGCGAGCUGUGUGACGUCACACCGGACACGCUAUACGACAACGACAUCUACGGCGCCGUGGGAUCGUUCAGAAAACUGGACAUUGAUUAG